AUGCUCUCUCACUUAGUCAUUGCGGCUAAGGGUCUAUUCGCGCGAACAGAAUCUCAAGAGAACCUCGCAGAUCCUGCUGGCGCCUCCGCAACCACAUCGGAUAUGGUGACCUCCACUCGACGAGAGACCGCGGCUAAAGAUGCCUCUAAGUCGCCGAAAACCAAUGGUGCCGCCAAGCAAGGAAAGCGCAAGGCACCAAUCGACGAGCAGCGAACCAAGCGGCAAAAGCGGAGUAGCCUAGAGGCUGCGGAGAGCGACAAUGAGGAGACCGGCUCUCCUAAGACAGAGGAGAAGAAAUCAACAGAAUCCGAGCCCAAGAGCCACUUUAAAUUUGGCAGUGAGGAGCCUGCCGCGCCGGAGCCCCAGCCUGAACAAAUUCCCCAAGCAUCGAACAACGACGACGACGACGACAGCAGCGACGAUGAUGAGGCGCCUGAGACAAUCGACAAUUCCGCUCAACUCAUGCAGAUGAAGGAAAAAGCAAAGAAGCAAGAAAAAGCGAAGCAAUUAGAGGAUCAACUAAAGAAGGAAAAGCGGAGGAAACUUGAUGAGCGCCGGAAGUUGCAAGCCAAGUCAAAGGUCAAGGAGGUCACUGGCAGCGACGAUCUACUUUCCGAAAGCACAGCCACCCUUCAGGGCUCAAACACACAAGACGCUCGCCGGAGUGCUCUACCCGCAUUGCUGCCCGAUGACAUUUUGAAUGCUGAGCCUGUGACACGAGCCCCGACCCCUCCAGCAGAAGACUUAUUCGUGCCAAAGAAAUCGAAUAAGUUGCGGUUCCUUGACAAGACGGAGAAGGCCCCUAAGGAUGUGCAAGUGGGCGACGUUACCAUUCGAGUGCUUGAUGCGCCAUCUGCAAAGCGAAAGUCGACAACAACUCUAGCACCUAAGGCCUCCAAGGCUGGACGGAAUGUGAAGGAUGUCUGGAUGAGGGGACAGCGAAGUACCGGCCAUGUCAACGGACUGCGCAGGACAGCAGGUGGUUCCUCAGGGUUUGUGCGCCGUUAA